AUGUGCUCGAAGGAGAGCCUUUCUAGACAUCUCGUGGACUGCAUCCGCCAAAGACUUCAGAGCUCACAGAUGGAACACCCCAACGACUGGGGAGUAACUCGGCUACCGAAUGUCCACGUGUCCGAGUUUGGAUCCGUAACUGGAAGCCCAAGCAGAAGCUCCGAGGAGCCUCCUCAACAUGAAGAGAAAGACAACAGUGCACGGGAAAUCAAAAUACACAUCACUGAGACGGGUCUCCCAUCCACCAUCCCUAACGAUACAACUCGCCAAUUCUGGGACAAACAACAACAUAGGUCCGGUAUAAGAUUGAGGAUUUCUGAGGACUCAAUAGUAUACAAACUGGCAACUAUCGGCGGUCUUGUUCAAGUUGGAGAAGACACCUAUGGACUGACAGUAGCCCACGUAUUUUCUUCAGAAUACAGUGCGCCAAGGUCUGAUGUUGAAGAACAACAACAAAUUCCCGAAACGGCCCCCAAUCAAGACUCCGAAGCAAGGAUGGGUGAUAACAGUACGCUGAAUGGCCGGUGGCGUAACCCAUUCAGUCAGAGCAUGGUCUUCGACUGGGCGUUGGUAGAGAUGCCGUCCAUUGAAACUUAUAGCCCAGGUCUUGAGGAGUGGGAGGAUGUCAAUCUUGUGGAAACCACUAGUGGUGACUUCCGUCCCGUUCUAGUGGUCCCAGAGAUGCCAAUUACCGGCACACCGGUCGUACUAGCCACCCCUGGGACUGCCCUCUGUCUUCGGGGUGUUAUUACCGGCGAAGACGCCUUCAUAAAUAUGCCAGGCUCACCCAACCCUUACAUCACCUGGGUAUUGCGGAUGGAGCAGCCGUGGCUGAUUAGAUCAGGGGAUAGUGGAUCCUGGGCAUUCGAUAUAGGCACCGGCGACCUUCUAGGAAUUCUUGUGGCGGGAUGUCCUGAGCUACACGAGGCGUAUAUCAUCCCGGCUUACCAAGUAUUUGGUGAUAUCAGCCGUACACUGGGAAAGGAUGUCAGACUUCCAAAUUGCUAUACUAUAACAGAGCAGGAUCAUCAAGAACUGACUCGUUUGGAAAGGACCAUUAUCGGUUUCAAGGCUGAGCUGGAGCUGAAAAGACAUGGAGCUAGUGCCUUUGAUUUGGAGAGAAUUGAAAAGGGCGCCGCACCCUGUUUCACUCCGGCUCGGGCACUCUUUUCCAACAGCCAACAGGGCUCUCUGGAUAGUAAAAGCACAUCCUCACGCUGGAUUUCUCCAUGUGAUCUGCAAAGAGAACAUAUCAGGGCGAUGAAAGCAUAUGCAAAUAAUUACAAAUAUAGGCCGGAGUUGUUGGAGUCUUUGAGUCCCGACGACAGACAACUGUGCGAAGACAUACUUGGCCGAUCACCACUGGAAUGCUUCAACUUCGUUCUCAACAAUCUUCGAGAGAUCUUGCUGAAAGAUCGCAAUAUCGGGGUCCCAGCACUUUUAUUGGUGCACUUAAUACUCGGAGAACGGAGCCUCAUGCUUUCCGAAAGCUAUCGCUCAACAGCUGGUUAUUAUAUCUCCAAAGUCAUUGAGGACGAAGUGAGAUCUUGUGCAAACCAUUCUAUGGUCACUCAUCCUAGGGACAGAGUAUCUAUCAGUGCAGGACUCCUAAAAGUUCGAAAUGAGCUUGAGGACUUGAUCUCUUCGAAUAAGACACAUUGCGAGGCCAGUAUUCCUAAAAUGGCACCAUUUGAAAUGGGACUUCAUACUGUUUCUUGUCAUCUGGCUGCGAAGAUAGACCUUGAGGAGAGGCCUUCGAGGUUCUGGCUGAAGGGUCACAACGUGUAUGUUGAUGUGGUUGCCUAUCAAAUGGUUUUGUCUGAAGAUGAGUGGCAAUCAGCGCAGGGCUCUCUAUACGGAAUGAGUGUCAAGAGGGUCAGGUUUCAGUAUGCUAAAGACCAUGUCUACGGAUUACAGGACCAACAGCCACAAGCCCCAAACCUCACUCUGGCAAUAUAUCAAAAAGCCGUAACCAACAGCAGCAUGACUUUAAUUGAGAGUAUUCUUGCUGUGAUGCCAAAUGUCCCAUUCCUUCCGCCGGGACCUCCAGUUGACGCGAGCAAGGAUGCAAAGAAACCGAAGAGUCCUCUAAACCGCUUCUUGGGAGCACCAUCGAAAGAAAAGACGGUAGCCAACCCAGAGUUUACCGGUGACCGGCCGGCUCAGGACAAAGAGAGCAAGCACAUUCCAAAGUCCUACUCCGAGAAUGACCUCCACUUUCAAGAUGAGCUGUGGAUGUCGGAAACACAAGUACAGCCUCAACAUCCUACCAAGGAUGUCAAGUUGAACUGCAUCCUAAAGAGUGAUUUGACUACAGUGGACAGGUCGCGGUUCAAGGAGGUUGUUGGAUUUGAUGGGCGGGAAUGGUUGAGGGUCGAAUACGAUCUUGUCAUCUCGACUAGAGACGCUGCGAUGAAGUUCUGGUUGGAGUUUAAUGGCAAAGAGGCAGGUUCUAUUCUGGCAACGUACGAUUAG